UCGACCUGCCUUGGGAGCCCUGUUCACAUCCCACCUUCUUUAAGAAGCAUUCCAGAGCCCUGAGGCGGAGGCAGUUUCUCCUUCCUUCAUGUUUUAGCACGUUGUUUGAACGCUCCUGUGGUGGUGACCUCUGUUUGCGCUUUGUCAGAAACCCCAGUGUGUGUUGAUGUAUGUCCUCUCUGUUGACCCAGAAUCCCUCAGGAGAGCUGCGGUGCAACCCUGGGCAGUUUGCCUGUCGCAGUGGCACCAUCCAGUGCAUCCCCCUCCCCUGGCAGUGUGACGGCUUGGUGACUUGUGAGGAUAAGAGCGACGAAGCCGACUGUCCAGAAGUGACCGGGGAGUCUCGUCCAUACCAUGAGAAGGAGGCUGUGGAUCCGCGGCAGGGGAGGGCCCGAGGCGGCAACCCUAUGCACUUCCACGCGGUGAACGGGGCGCAGGCCGUCCGCUUCAGCAGUUUCCUAGGGAAGUGCCCGACAGGAUGGCACCACUACGAAGGCACGGCUAGCUGCUAUAGAGUUUACCUGAGUGGAGAGAACUACUGGGAUGCCGCACAGACCUGCCAGCGUGUCAACGGCUCCCUCGCCACCUUCUCCACCGACCAGGAGCUACACUUUGUUCUGGCCCAGGAAUGGGACCAGCCGGAGCGGAGUUUUGCUUGGCAGGACCAGCACAAGUUGUGGGUUGGCUACCGGUAUGUCAUCACUGGCCGGAACCGCUCCUUAGAAGGCCACUGGGAGGUCGCAUUCAAAAGUUCCUCAGAGGUGUUCCUUCCCCCAAACCCCAUCUUCGCCUCAGCAAUGUCAGAAAGUGACAACAUGUUCUGUGCCCAGCUCCAGUGCUUCCACUUCCCCACCCUCCGCCACCACGACCUGCACAGCUGGCAUGCUGAGAACUGCUACGAGAAGUCUUCGUUUCUGUGUAAAAGAAGUCAAACGUGUGUCGACAUCAAGGACAACGUGGUGGAUGAAGGGUUCUACUUCACCCCGAAAGGAGACGAUCCAUGCUUGAGCUGUACCUGCCAUAGAGGGGAAGCAGAAAUGUGUGUGGCCGCCCUCUGCGAGCGGCCCCAGGGCUGCCAGCAGUACCGCAAAGAUCCCAAGGAGUGCUGCAAGUUCAUGUGCCUGGACCCAGAUGGGAACAGCCUGUUUGACUCCAUGGCCAGUGGGAUGCGUCUGAUCGUUAGCUGCAUCUCCUCCUUCCUCAUCCUGUCCCUGCUGCUCUUCAUGGUUCACCGGCUGCGCCAGAGACGCCGGGAGCGCAUCGAGUCCCUGAUUGGAGCAAACCUGCACCACUUCAACCUCGGCCGCAGGAUCCCUGGCUUUGAUUAUGGCCCGGACGGGUUUGGCACAGGCCUCACGCCGCUACACCUUUCUGACGACGGAGAAGGCGGGACUUUCCACUUCCAUGACCCUCCACCCCCGUACACCGCAUUCAAGUACCCAGACAUCGACCAGCCUGAUGACCCGCCGCCACCCUACGAGGCCUCCAUCAACCCUGACAGCGUGUUCUAUGACCCCACAGACGACGAUGCCUUUGAGCCAGCAGAAGCUGGGCCACCGACACCAGGGGAUGGCGACAGUGAAGGUGUGUCGCCCCGCCACCUGGAGCAGCCUCUGCCCCCUGCAGGGGCCUCCCUGGCAGACCUGAACGACUCCGCCGACAGCAGCAGCGCCCUGCUCGAGCCCCCUGACCCCGCCCAGAGGGGGAGUGCCCCAGCCACAGAGGCACUGUCAGGGGGUGGUCACCACAGCCGUAGCUCCCUCAAUACCGUGGUGUAGAGGAUGCCCGGCCUGUGGCCCUGAGGCGCAGGGAGCACCUUUUUGUCAUCAAGAAAACUGAUCCUUGUAGAGACUUGAGGGGCCCCUGCAUGAGCUUGGACCCAGCUGCACUGCCGUACACCCCACGAAGGCGUGUGUGUGAGUGCAGAGACUGUGCCAGCCUUCCAAGGGAGCAAGCACCUGCACCCAGUCUCCUUGAGGGCUUCAAAAACAUGCAUAGCUUUGGGUCACUGUUUUUUUUCUUUUUAAAUGGCAGAAGAAUGACAAAGUUUAUUUAGACCACACGUUUCAGAAGUAGGGAACAAAGAAGUCACUGUGGUCCUGGGCAGGGGCCAGAUCACACCUGGCUUUAGUGGGCUUGCUCACUGCAGCAUGCCAUCCAGAGGAGUCUGCAGCCCAGCCACCGAGCCCCAGGGCUGCCAUGGUGUGCCCCGCUGGCCGCUGUCCAGGAGGGCACUUCCUGCCUCCGGGGUGUUUGUGGACUGUCAGGAUUGUCUUGGCGGUGGGUCUGGAGGUUGCUACAAUAGUUUCUCUGGGGAUGGCCCCCACAGGUCCAGCUGUGAACAUGGCAGGUGACCCUGCCCCAGGCUGGGGGCUGGCCUUGGGCUCUUGUGCCCAAAGCCCUUAGAAGGGGAGCUUGGAAGGAGGUCGAACUCUCCACUCUGUCUUUCUAGCUGGGCUCUGCGAAGCCCAGUCCUGUGCCAGGAGGCUCUGGCCUCACCCUAUCAGAUUUCUCCCCAGCAUUGCUGUGCAUGGCUCCCCCAGAAGGCAGCUCUGGAGUUGGGCAGAAGCUCUUAGCUAUGCAUGAGUGUCCUGGCCCUGGACCCUCUGCUGGGGCUUGGGUGCUAGCUGGCUUUUGCCUGUUACCCUCUGGAGCCCCCUUCCUGUUGAAUUUGCCCUUGGGCCUGGCCUGCACCCGCCCCCACCUUUUUUGUGCCAUAAAGGGUAGUUUCUUUGUGGGGAGGGGUGGCUGUAAUUAACAUUCUGGGCUCUGUCCAUCUCCUGAAAGUCCACUUCUUGCACGCCACCGCUAGAGCAGAGUGCCCAGUGACUGCAUGCCACCUUCCUGUCCUCAGCAGCACAGUGCUGGGUGCCCUGCCCAGGGGCCAUUUGACCGAGGGACCCUGUUGCCUGUUCCUGGGCAGUGGUCUUGUCUCCUGACAUGGGACUUUUACCAUUUCUGAGGUUUGGAGAUUAAGCGGGUUCUGUGCGAUUUUCAGCACAUCCAUAUCUUUUCUACGUUGACUGUCUGGAUCUUUUUUUGUGUGUGCGUGUGUCCGUGUGUGUGUGUGUAUGUGUCCAAGUGUUUGCAGAUGGUGGCAGUAACACAGGAACUUGGGCCUUGCUUUCCUGGGCCAGGUCUGUGCCUCUCCCCCUCGUCAGAGUGCAGAGUCCUGCUCCUGGUCCCCCUUGCAGCCUUUCCAGACUGGCAUGCAGCAAGGGGAGGGCUGACUUGAAGUGGGUCCUUCUGUGGUGCUUUGUGCUGACAGACCUCAGUGGCACAGUCUAGUUCUAGGUGCGUUCUCAUGUUCUAAUUGGAAAUAGAUUUCGUUCUCCCAGUAUGGAAUGAGAUUCUUGAGUUGCUCCACAGAGCUGGCCAGAGGUAGGUAUUUUGUCACUGAACUGCUCAUUUUGGGGCUCAGCCUACAGGAGGCCCCCUUUGCCAAAGGACUGAUACUCUGUGAGUGGCAUCUGGGCACAUGUACCCCGCUGGCUGCUUAAGACAAAGCAGGAAGCAUGUCAUGCCUCCAACAUAUUUAGGCACAGGACAGCUGAAUUCCAGAGCAGCAAUCACAAGUCUUAUUGGUACCAGGUGAGGGUCCUGAGUGGGCCUGCUUUGGGGUGACCACCCCAACAGAGCCCUACAGGGCUGAGACCCCACAGCCCAGGGUCCCUCCCAGCCUGUGUCUCUGGCCCAGGCCUUAGAACCAUGUGUACAGGGCAGGGUGGCUGGACGAAAUGUGUGGGACUGAGGGACUACUGGGAAUAGGCAUGUAGGAGUCCCUGAGAGGAGGGCGGCCUAAAGCAAACAGACCAUGGGGGCUCCAGAGAGUAGGCCUGCUUCUGGACUGGCCAAGGUUCUGUCUAAGAGCGUGUCUCCAGGAGUUGGUGCCCCAGUAGCCAAGCUCUGCUGGAUUAAGGUUGUAAGGGGAAAGCUGGGGUCUACCCAGUCCUUCCCGGCCUCCCGCUCGGUCACCACCUUUUGUAAAAUCUGUUUGUGCUCCAUGGUCCAACCCUGGUUAAAACUCUCAUACUCCUGUGAGAGACAGGGCCCCUGCUCCACAUACACUGGGCCCCUCGAGGGACAGUCCAGGCUCUUGGGCAGGGCCUCCUCCCCCAAGACCUGACCUGCCUGAUGGAGGUGGAUGUUGAAUCUGUACGUUGUCUCAAUGCCUGUUUUUUAUGUUUUCCUUUCACUAAGGGUUUUUAGUUUGGGUUUAUUUUUGGUUGGGUUGACACUAAUCCUUAAGAUGCUGUGAGAACCAUUUCCUCCAAAUGCCAAAUAAAUUUGUGUUCUGGAAGAGGCA